AUGGGUGUGAACGGCCUCUGGACCGUGGUGCAACCAUGCGCACGCCCAACCAAUCUUGCAACUCUCAAUCGCAAGCGCCUUGCCGUCGAUGCCUCCAUCUGGAUAUACCAAUUUCUCAAGGCGGUCCGUGACAAAGAGGGCAAUGCGCUGCGCAACUCCCACGUCGUCGGCUUCUUUCGUCGCAUCUGCAAGCUGUUAUGGUUUGGCAUCCAGCCCGUCUUCGUCUUUGACGGAGGCGCACCGGCGCUCAAGAGAGCCACCAUCCAGAAGCGGCAGAGAAGACGUGAGGGUCGGAGAGAUGAUGCCGUUCGAACUGCAGGAAAGCUUCUAGCCGUGCAGAUGCAGCGAAUCGCUGUUGAAGAAGAGGAGAGGCGAAAGCGAGCAGACAAUAGUGACUUUGCAGCAAGAGAGGAGGAAGCCUUGCGUGAAGAAAUUCCCGACCCCAGUAAAAUUGCCUACGUCGAUGAGAUUGGCAUGACGCAAAAGGAAAAGAUGCAGUCCCGGCGCUUUCAUAAGCAGGAUGCCUAUCAUCUUCCGGAACUCGAUGGCGGUAUCGCAUCCAUGGCUAAACCAGAUGAUCCACGAAUUAUGAGCAUCGAGGAAUUAGAAGAGUAUGCGCGACAGUUUCACAACGGCGAGGACAUCAACCUCUAUGAUUUUAGCAAGAUUGAUUUCGAUGGUGACUUUUUUAAGAGCCUGCCGCCUCCUGACCGCUACAACAUAUUGAAUGCAGCCAGAUUGAGGAGCAGGCUUAGAAUGGGUCUUAGCAAGGAUCAGUUAGACGACAUGUUUCCUGAUCGUAUGGCAUUCUCCAGAUUUCAAAUUGAACGAGUCAAGGAGAGAAACCACCUCACACAGAGGCUGAUGUAUGAGGUUGGCAUGACAGGUACAGACUUGACGCUUGGUGUCAAUGCUCGUGUUGCGGGAGAGAAGGAUCGUGAGUACAUUUUGGUGAAAAAUGACGGCGUGGAAGGUGGAUGGGCAUUGGGUGUCGUCAGCAAGGAAAAGGACAUGGGUGAAGCCCAUAAGCCUAUUGACGUCGAUGCUAUUCAGGUUCAGUAUCAGACCAAGGACGAACAAGACGCCGAGGAAGAAGACGAUGAUGAUUUUGAGGACGUCCCCAUUGAAGGAUUGAAUCGACUACCGAAGCCGGCGCCUUUUUCCACAGCCGCAAGCUUACAGGCCGCUCAGGAGAUUGCUGCGCGAAGGCAACAAUAUUACAGUGGUCGGAAGGAUCGGUCAGUAGAAGGAGAAGAUGGUGAGGACUCGCUGUUCGUUGGGGGAAAUACGGGAGAGACCCUCCCUGUUAAUGAGACGACCGGGGAGGAGGCUCUACAUCCUGAGGAGGAAGACGAUUUGAACCGGGCCAUUGCCAUGUCUCUCAAAAACCAGCACGAGCUCGACAAUGAGUCUGAGAAUGACGAGCCAUUCGAAGACGUGCCUGUAAAUCAACCGGAAUGGGCACAAAAAGCUGUCGAUGCGCCAAGACCCAUUAUUGGCAAAGGGGGGUCCAUGAUCGCUCACAUCGUGAAUAAUCGAGCAAAUGCCUCUGUGCCGAAGCGCAAGGAGGAAAAGGAUACAGCCGACAGCGACAGCGAGGACGACAUGCAGACCUUGCUGGCCAAGUCACGAGUGACUAAACGAGCUCAGCCGAAACCUGUCUUUGAGAACAAGAAAAAUCCAUUUGAUGGGCCACUGCCGUUUCCAAAACUAGACUGGGGUUCAUCUCUGUUUUCGAAACGUCCCGCAGAGAGAGACACCAACAACGAUGUUGGUGCCAGUGCUGGCAUAAUAGGUGACAAGACUGCUGAGGAUGACAUGGCUGGCGGGUUCGUGGUCGACAAGCAGGCUGACGAUGAACCCGCUCCAUUACCUCCUUGGCUAGCCAAUGAUACGGAUAUAAGAGACUCUCUGAAAAAACAACAAGAUAUAGAGCGGGAGAUUAAUGCAGAGGACAAAAUGGAGGCUGAGGAGGAAGAACGCCUUCGACGGAAAGAGUUCAAUGACAGGUUGAUUGAGAUCGAUUCGUCUUCUGAUGAUGGCAGUGAUAUUCAGAUUAUUGAGAUUCCUCCCUCACCAACACCCGUCCCAGCUGUUCUGGAUGGUGAUGAGACCAGGGGCAAAGAGGAGGGAGAUGAUGAGGCUUUGGCGACAUCAGAGUCGCCGGAGCCAGAGUUUGAAGAUGUCCAAACUCCUCAACCCUCCAGAGAAGUCGACACAACUGAACUACACAAGGACUCGGAGUCCCCAGAGCCGGUUUUUGAAAACGUUCCCCCAGCAGAAGCCUCCAGUAGGACUCCAAUGAAAGUAAGCCUCAAUAAUACCUCGUCAUCUCCCAUAUUUGAGGAUGUGCCAGCAAUGGGUGCGCAAGUGUCAAACGCCGCCAACGCCACUACUGAUCCCGAUGAUCCCUUUGCGGACCUCGAAUACGAUGAAUUCAGUGACCCUGAAGACGAGGCACUCAUGGCUCAAAUGGCCGAAGAAGCCGAAGAACAUGCUCGUUUCGCCAGCGAACUCAACAACAAGUCUGCAGAGCAGAAUCGGGAAGACUACGAAAAGGAGCUGCGGCAACUUCGCAACCAACAGAAGAAAGAUCGACGCGAUGCAGACGAAGUCACGCAAGUCAUGAUUACCGAAUGUCAAGCUCUGCUCCGACUCUUUGGCAUUCCCUACAUCACAGCCCCCAUGGAGGCUGAAGCCCAGUGUGCAGAGCUCGUGACGCUAGGAAUAGUGGAUGGAAUUGUCACGGAUGACUCUGAUACAUUCCUCUUUGGAGGCACCAGGGUGUACAAGAACAUGUUUAACAGCAACAAGUUCGUAGAGUGCUACAUCAGCAGCGACUUGGAAAAGGAGCUAUCCCUCUCUCGAGAUCAAAUGAUCUCACUCGCACAACUACUGGGGUCCGAUUACACCGAGGGCCUACCCGGUGUUGGACCCGUCACCGCCGUCGAAAUUUUAUCAGAAUUCCCUGGGAAAACUGGUCUAGAAAACUUCCGCGAGUGGUGGACCGCUGUGCAGUCACAGUCCCGUCCCAAAGAGGCAGAUGCCUCGUCGCCGUUUCGCAAGAAAUUCCGCAAGGCACAAGCCACCAAACUUUUUCUGCCACCGGGGUUCCCUAACCCUGCUGUCUACGACGCGUACUUACAUCCCGAAGUGGAUGAUUCGGCUGAGCCGUUUCAAUGGGGUGUCCCUGAUUUAGAAGGGCUGCGAAGAUUCCUCACGGCGACUAUUGGAUGGAGCAAAGAGCGGACUGACGAGGUGUUGGUCCCCGUGAUAAGAGAUAUGAAUAAGCGGGAUAUUGAAGGAACGCAGAGCAAUAUCACGAGGUAUUUUGGCGGUGGUGUAGGUGUUGGUGCGAAGGAGGCGUUUGCUCCGAGGGCGAAUAAGGUCAAGGGGAGUAAGAGGAUGGCGGCUGCGGUUGAGAAAUUGAGGGCCAAUGUGGGAGACGAGUCUGGAGAGGGCUCGAGUAAGAGGAGGAGAAGGGACCUUGUUGAUGAGUAG